AAGAUGGUAUAAUAAAUUGUUGGAUUGAGACAGAUGAAGGAUUUAUUAAUGCAACUUCAACAUAUAUUCAACGAACUAAAAGACGAAUCUGAGAACGCAAUCAUAAAAAAAUAUGGGCAGAAUGGAAAACGAUAUACAGUUGUACUUAUAAUAUUUGUUGUUGGUAGCGGGUGUUUUCUUAUUGGCGUUCACUUUUUGUCGACUAUUUCUGACAUUAUUUUAUCAAGAAAUGUGUCUCGAUUACAUAAUAUGCUGAUUGUAACAGAGUAUUUUAUCGAUCAAGAAAAAUAUUUCUAUUUAAUUAUGUUACAUAUAUAUGCAGCUAUUUAUACUGGAGCUCUUACAGUAGUAUCGACAGGAACACUGCUCAUUGCAUAUUUUCAAUAUAUCUGUGGAUUGUUCAAAAUCUCUAGCUAUCGUCUUGAGCGUGCAAUAAGAUUUAAUAUGCUACAAAAUAUUACUUAUAUAAAAAAUAAAAAUUUAAUGCUUAAGGGACUAAUAUAUGCAGUAGAUAUUCAUCGGCAAGCUAUAAGUAAUAAUUGGAGUGUGUUGUUUAAGCCUCAAUCUUUUUCAAGUAAGUUUUAA